UGCUCGAAAGCAUUGCGUGGAUGAAGCAUGCUUUAUUAUUUCUACAAACAUGAGAACCGCGUCAGUCGUUUUGUCAUUUUUACAACGAUCUUUACAAGUUCAAGGUCCAUUUAGAAAAAGUAUUAAAAGUUUCUCAACUUAUUCCACCACAAGAGAGUUUGAAGAAAUACAAGUCAGUGUGCCAUGGGGACACAUUGCGGGCAAGUGGUAUGGUCCCAAAGAUAAACGGCCAUUAGUUGGCUUUCAUGGGUGGCAAGAUAAUGCCGGAACUUUUGAUACCCUAGCUCCAUUACUACCACAACAUAUUGGUUUUCUAUCAAUUGACUUACCUGGACAUGGACUAUCUUCAUGGCUUCCGCAUGGUUCCAGCUACCAUUCAAUAGAUCAACUCAAUAUUUAUUUUAGACUAAUGAAUGAGUUCAAAUGGGAUAAGAUCUCAAUGAUCAGUCAUUCGAUGAGUGCAGCUGAUGGAUUUGUAUUUACAUCUUUGUUCCCGGACAAAUGUGAUCUUUUCAUUGCUGUGGAUCUUGUUCAGCCACUUUUGGGCAAAAAAGAACUUUCUAUCAAGAUGAUAACUGAUCAAUUUGAAUCAUAUAAUAAACAAAUUGAAUUAUCUCUUCAGAAAUCUGAACCACCAACUUAUGAAUUUGAUAAAUUAGUUGAAAGAAUGACCAAAGCUAAUGGGGAUUCAAUUUUAAGAGAAUAUUACGAGUUGAUUUUGAAACGUAACAUUAAGCCAUCGAAAGAAGACCCAAAUAAAUACUACUUUAGCCGUGAUCCACAAUUGAAAUCAAUGUCAUUUACUAUAUUUCCAAACGAUAUUCUAGUUGAAAUGGCACACAAAAUUACUUGUCCGCAUUUAUUUAUUACAGCUAAAAGAGCUAGACAUUAUGAUAGCGAAGAAGAGUUAAAAGAAGUAAUGGAUGCAUUUAGAAAAAAUCCGCAUUUUGAAAAUCAUGUUGUUGAUGGUACUCAUUAUGUGCAUUUAAACGAGCCUCACAAAAUUGCUGAAAUUGUAAAUCCUUUUAUUAUGAAAUACAGACCUGAAUAG